CAGCGGAGGGUGGGGACACUCUGGCCCGGCUCUCUGUGGUGCGGGAGCGAGAGAGAGCAGCGGCCGCUCUGGUCGGCGGACGUGCUGCCGAGGAGUCCCGGAAGCGAAGCAGCGAUGGCGGAGAGUCCGACUGAGGAGGCGGCGACAGCGACGGCGGGCGCCGGGGCAGCGGGCCCCGGAGCAAGCGGCGUCGCUGGUGUUGUUGGCGUUAGCGGCAGCGGCGGCGGGUUUGGGCCGCCUUUCCUGCCGGAUGUGUGGGCGGCGGCGGCGGCAGCGGGCGGGGCCGGAGGGCCGGGGAGCGGCCUGGCUCCGCUGCCUGGGCUCCCGCCCUCGGCCGCUGCCCACGGGGCCGCGCUGCUUAGCCACUGGGACCCCACGCUCAGCUCCGACUGGGACGGCGAGCGAACCGCGCCGCAGUGUCUACUCCGGAUCAAGCGGGAUAUCAUGUCUAUUUAUAAGGAGCCUCCUCCAGGAAUGUUCGUUGUACCUGAUACUGUUGACAUGACUAAGAUUCAUGCAUUGAUCACAGGCCCAUUUGACACUCCUUAUGAAGGGGGUUUCUUCCUGUUCGUGUUUCGGUGUCCGCCCGACUAUCCCAUCCACCCACCUCGGGUCAAACUGAUGACAACGGGCAAUAACACAGUGAGGUUUAACCCCAACUUCUACCGCAAUGGGAAAGUCUGCUUGAGUAUUCUAGGGACGUGGACUGGCCCUGCCUGGAGCCCAGCCCAGAGCAUUUCUUCCGUGCUUAUCUCCAUCCAGUCCCUGAUGACUGAGAACCCCUAUCACAAUGAGCCUGGGUUUGAGCAGGAGAGACAUCCAGGAGACAGCAAAAAUUACAAUGAAUGUAUUCGGCAUGAGACCAUCAGAGUAGCAGUCUGUGACAUGAUGGAAGGAAAGUGUCCCUGUCCUGAACCCCUACGAGGGGUGAUGGAGAAGUCCUUCCUGGAGUAUUACGACUUCUACGAGGUGGCCUGCAAAGAUCGCCUGCACCUCCAAGGCCAGACUAUGCAGGACCCUUUUGGAGAGAAGCGGGGCCACUUUGACUACCAGUCCCUUUUGAUGCGCCUGGGACUGAUUCGUCAAAAAGUGCUGGAGAGGCUCCAUAAUGAGAACGCGGAAAUGGACUCUGACAGCAGCUCAUCUGGGACAGAGACAGACCUGCAUGGGAGCCUGAGGGUUUAGACCCUGCUCCCUUCUCCCUUCCCCCCACUUGAGAGUCCCAGCAAAGUUCCUUCCCCCUACCCCAGGGACGGAGAGGCACUGUGUAUCUCCCUCCAAACGUGACGUCAUCCUGCAAGAUGGCAAGAACCAAGCAAGCUUGGAUCCCAGGGUGUGGGAGUGGGGCGGCUGUUCCCCAUCUGACCUCCUUGGCUCUCGAGCAUCUGGGGCUAUGUUCAUCCCAUAUCAGGGGCCAAGGUACCUAUGCAGGAGCACCUAGGGCGAGGGCCUUUGGCAAAAACAAAACAACCAACACACCUCUCCACAGGGCCAGCUCCUUAGGGAUAGGUGGGAGACAGAAAUUGCAAUCCCAAGAGGGAGUGUGCCCAAAAUGAUUUAUGGGGAUACCUGGAAGGGAGCUUGGGGUGGGGGGUGCUGUCUGUGACACUUAAGCAGUCUGGGUGGUUGUCUGUCUGUUUUCAGUCUUGAAACGGCUUCCCAAUGCCCUUUUCCUCCUUGCCUCUCUUCCCCCAUUAUUUCCCAUGGGCCAGCAUAAUUUUGUUUUUCCUAAUUUAUAGUCACUGUUCUAGACAGACCAAAGAGAAGGAACAGUGGUGGAGUCUAGGCUGCUGAUCAGUAAGCUUUACCUAGCACCUGAGCACCUUUCUCUUCUGCCCUCCAUUCCCUCACCCAUUUCUAGAUUUAAGUCAGGAGGUAAAAUGUGACUGGGACUGAACCAAGGUUUUGGUCAAGCCUGCAGUCACCAUUAGAAGCUGAAAAUGCUGUUUCUUCCCGCAAUCACUGAUUUGAAAAGGUCCCAGCACAGGCAGCUGCUGUGUGUAUGGGAUAGAGCCACUACAUAGAAUAGUCUCUUACCGAUUUUCAUAAAUACUAGUCACAAUGAGGGUAUUUCUCCUGGGGGCGGGGUGGGGUGAGGGCGGAGACUGAUGCUAGUCCUUUGUAUUUUGUUCAGCUGUCCUUGCAUAUUUUCAUCCCAGCCUGUAGUCCCCACUCCUCACUUCAACGCCAAGGGACUGUGGAGAGCAAGGGUAGCCAAUGGCAGAGGAGAUUGGGCUGGAACUCGAGAGACUCUUCCCCUUCUCUCCCCUCCCGCCUUCCUCCCCCCCCCCCAGCUGCUCUUUGUCACUGGUUCUGAUGGGUGUUUGCCUGGCUGUGUCGCUUCUCUAUCUGUAUUUAGCUGCAGUGAUCCUUUAACUGGUUGGCUCAGAAAAAUGUGCUUUAGGUGCCCUGUGGUACUGGGCAUCGAGGGAAUCCACCCUUCCCCUUUUUGAUGUGUUCUGCCCGUUUUCCAGAUGAACUGUUACGGCUCCCAGUGGGGUAUCUGAUCCACGUGACGCAGUGCCCCAGUCAGUAUCUAGCCACGUAUUAGGGAAAGGAUAACUUGUACCUGCUCUGCCAGCUGCUAUGGAGGCCUCUGCCUUGUGGAUCAUGGGACUUCCCUGGGGAAGUUGGGAAGGGGGGUGGGCACAAAGGAGAAUGUCCUACUUGGGAGAGCAGGAAGCAAAGAAACUGGACAGGAAGGGGGUCUGGGGAACAGAAGUUUGUGUUGGAUACCUGAAGGCUGGGUCUUUACAAGGAGACUCAGAAAGGGACCCUGCUUCCAAUUUCCCUCUUCCAUUCCCAGAGCUAGUAGUACAGGGCUUAGAAGAAUGCCCUUGGUCUGUUGGUCCAGUGUUGUCUGUCAUCCAUUUUAAGUGUUCCCACUUUCAAGUGACAAUCCUCUCCUUGGCCCUGCCAUGGGCAGAACAUGUCUGGCAUACUUGCCUGGCUUAACGCCCUAACCUUGAGUUGAGGAAAUAUAUGCACAGGAGUCAAAGAGAUGUCUUUAUAUCUGACUGUACAUAAAUGAAGUUUUUUUUUCUUUUUGGUGCAAUAAAGUUUGUUUUGGCAGAA